AUGGGGAAGCUGCGCCGAAGGUACAACAUCAAGGGGCGUCAGCAGGCGGCCCCCGGCCCUUCGAAGGGCCCUCCCGAGCCGCCCCCUGUGCGGCUGGAACUGGAGGAUAAGGACACGUUGAAAGGAGUCGAUGCAAGCAACGCGCUCGUCCUGCCUGGCAAGAAAAAGAAGGCCAAAGCCCCUCCCCUGUCCAAGAAGGAGAAGAAACCCCUGACCAAGAGGGAGCGGAAGAUGCUGCAGAGAAUCUUAGAGCAGAAGGAGAAGAAACGCCAGCGAGCAGACAUGCUCCAGAAAUUGAGCGAAGUCCAGGUUUCAGAAGCUGAGAUGAAACUGUUUUACACCACGUCCAAACUGGGCACUGGGGACCGCAUGUACCGCACCAAAGAGAAGCCCGACAGCGUGGCAGCCCAGGGUCUGGAGAAGAUCAGCAGCCUCAGCGGGGCCCGCCGGAAGCGCCACCACCAGGAGGCAGAACAGGAGGAGUCUGAGUCCUCAGCGGAGUCUGGACCCGAGGAGACCCCAGCGGACGAGCUGGCAGAGGCCGGUGCAGGGUCAUCCCCAGCGCAUCUGCCACCAGCUCCGCCCGGGGCCAGGGGCCAGAGCCCAGUGCCCAGCGGGCUGGCCGAGACUCCUGCCCCUCCACCAACUCCUCCUGCGGCAACCUCUGCCCUGGCCAGGCCCCCAGCGAAGCCCGCCAUCUUUGUCCCCAUUCUCUCUGAAGAACAAGUGAUCAUGGAGGCAGUGGCCGAGCACCCCGUUGUCAUCGUGUGCGGCGAGACCGGCAGCGGGAAGACCACCCAGGUGCCCCAGUUCCUCUACGAAGCAGGCUACAGCAGUGACAACAGCAUCGUUGGUGUCACGGAGCCCCGCCGAGUGGCCGCCAUGGCCAUGUCCCAGCGAGUGGCCAAGGAGAUGAAUCUGUCACCACGGGUCGUCUCCUAUCAGAUCCGAUACGAGGGAAACGUGACCGAAGAGACCAGAAUCAAGUUCAUGACCGAUGGCGUCUUGCUCAAGGAAAUCCAAAAGGACUUCCUGCUGCUCAAGUACAAGGUGGUGGUCAUUGACGAAGCCCACGAGAGGAGUGUGUACACCGACAUCCUCAUCGGCCUCCUGUCCCGCAUAGUGUGUCUCCGGGAGAAGAGGCACUUGCCGCUGAAGCUGCUCAUCAUGUCGGCCACGCUGCGGGUGGAGGACUUCACCCAGAACCAGCGGCUCUUUGCCCAGCCGCCCCCCGUCAUCAAGGUUGAGUCCCGGCAGUUCCCGGUGACCGUGCAUUUUAACAAGCGGACGCCACUGGAAGACUACAGUGGGGAGUGCUUCCGGAAGGUCUGCAAGAUCCACCGCAUGCUGCCCGCAGGCGGCAUCCUGGUGUUCCUGACAGGGCAGGCAGAGGUGCACGCGCUGUGCCGCAGGCUGAGGAGAGCCUUCCCGCUUGCCAGGCACAGGCCUCCAGAAAAAGACGAUCAGAAAGAUUCGGUAGAAGAAACGCGGAGGUUUAAGAAGUCGCAGGCUCGGGCGAGGAAGGCCAAGGCCACGACGCUGCCCCAGAUCAGUUUGGACAAUUACUCGGUGUUGCCAGCGGGCGGAGGUGACGAGGACAGGGAAAUGGACGAGGAGUCGCUGGGCUCCGACCUGGACCUGGACUUAGGGGACGACGGGACGGACGGAGGUGAGCAGCCCGAUGCCUCGCUUCCCCUCCAUGUGCUCCCUCUCUACUCUUUGCUGGCCCCGGAGAAGCAGGCGCAGGUCUUCCAACCUCCCCCAGAGGGGACACGGCUGUGUGUUGUGGCCACCAAUGUGGCCGAGACGUCCCUCACCAUCCCAGGCAUCAAGUACGUGGUGGACUGUGGGAAGGUCAAGAAGCGGCACUACGACCGUGUCACCGGCGUGUCCUCCUUCCGCGUCACCUGGGUCUCCCAGGCCUCGGCUGAUCAGCGGGCAGGACGCGCGGGCCGGACAGAGCCCGGCCACUGCUACAGACUAUAUUCAUCUGCGGUUUUCGGUGACUUUGAGAAGUUCCCCCCUCCUGAAAUCACCCGGAGACCUGUCGAAGACUUGACCCUUCAGAUGAAAGCUCUCAAUAUUGAAAAGGUCAUCAACUUCCCCUUCCCGACUCCCCCCUCCAUGGAGGCCCUCAUCGCUGCCGAGGAGCUGCUGAUCGCACUGGGUGCCCUGCAGGCACCCCCAAAAACAGAAAGGGUGAAGCUGCUGCAGAGAUCCCGGUGGAGCUGCCCCAUCACUGAGCUGGGCAGGACCAUGGCCACGUUCCCCGUGGCACCGCGCUACGCCAAGAUGCUAGCGCUGAGCAGGCAACACGGCUGCCUGCCGUACGCCAUCACCAUCGUGGCUGCCAUGACUGUCCGGGAGCUGUUUGAGGAGCUGGACAGGCCAGCUGCCAGCGACGAGGAGCUUGCCAGGCUGAAGGGCAGGCGGGCCCGGGUCGCCCAGACGAAGAGGGUCUGGGCGGGGCAGGGAGCCUCUCUGAAACUCGGGGACCUCAUGGUGCUGCUGGGCGCCGUGGGAGCCUGCGAGUACGCGGGCUGCUCUCCCCAGUUCUGUGAGGCCAACGGGCUGCGGUAUAGGGCCAUGAUGGAGAUCCGGCGCCUGAGGGGCCAGCUGACCACUGCGGUCAACGCCAUGUGCCCCGAGGCCGGGCUCUUCGUGGACCCCAAGAUGCAGCCGCCUUCCGAGAGCCAGGUGACCUACCUGCGGCAGAUCGUGACGGCUGGCCUGGGUGACCACCUGGCCCGCAGGGUCCAGAGUGAGGACCUGCUGGACGACAAGUGGAAGAACGCCUACAAGACCCCCCUCCUCGACGACCCAGUCUUCAUCCACCCCAGUUCCGUGCUCUUCAGGGAGCUCCCUGAGUUUGUGGUCUACCAGGAAAUUGUGGAGACCACCAAGAUGUACAUGAAAGGCGUCUCGACUGUGGAGGUGCAGUGGAUCCCGGUCCUGCUGCCUUCUUACUGCCAGUUUGACAAGCCCCUUGAGGAGCCGCCCCCCACUUACUGCCCCGAGAAGGGGCGGAUGCUGUGUCACCGGGCCAGCGUGUUCUGUCGCGUCGGCUGGCCGCUCCCCGCGGUCCAGGUGGAUUUUCCAGAAGGCCUUGACUGCUACAAGCACUUGGCCCGGGUUCUGCUGGAGGGGCAGGUCUUCCACAAGCUGGCCUCGUACAAGGGCUGUUUGCUGUCCAGCCCCAGCACGAUGCUGAAGACGUGGGCCAGGCUGCAGCCCAGGACAGAGAACCUCCUGAGAGCCCUUGUUGCUGAGAAAGCCGACUGCCGAGACGCCUUGCUGGCUGCCUGGAGGAAGAACCCCAAAUACCUGCUGGCCGAGUACUGUGAGUGGAUCCCGCAGGCCAUGCACGCCAACAUUGAGAAAGCCUGGCCGCCCAUUCCUGACUGCUGA